GUAUGAUAUUCUGUAACACUACAUUUCCCGUGGACCCUUUUCCAACAUGGCGGACUGAGAGCUGGGUGCGAUUUCUACAGGAAAUACUUUCUCAUACGAGCCUGUUUUUGUAAAGGGCUGCCAUUUUACCGAGCUUACGAAAAGUACAACUGGGCAAAAUGAAAGAUCAAGUGGUUCAGCUCUUAUCCAGCUCACAUCAUGAGCAUUUACUUCAGGCAAUGUGGAAAUUAAGAGUCACAGGGAACCUGUGUGAUCUCACAGUGCAAGUAGAUUUUCAUGGAGAGGUAGAAGAAUUUACAGCCCAUAAAAUAGUCCUUGCUGCAUCUAGUGGCUAUUUUAAAACCCUUCUCUUAGCAGAGGAGCGAGUGGGAAAAAUAUUCUUAAAUACCGUUUCACCUGAGGUCUUUAAAAAAUUCUUAGAGUAUGCGUAUUCUGGAAAAAUGGAAGUUGAGGAGAGACAGCUCGGUCACAUAUUAAACAUGGCAAGGCUACUCGACUGCCAAGACCUUGUAGAAGCUUGCAGUACCAAACUUCUGGUUCAUAAUUCUGAAAGUGACAUAGCUAGAAAAGGCAAAUUACUGAAGGAGAGGUCGAAAAAGGCUGUAAAAAGAGCACUAGAUAACAGGAAAAAACUUAAACUUACACUGAAAACCAUAAGCACCGAGAGGGGGGAUAAAAUCGUGCUACAGGGAAGGAGGAGCAGCAGGUUAGCUGGCCGCCGUGUUGUUGUAGACUUCAACAAGCAGAAGUCGUACCAAAAAGCAACAUCUCUUCCUGAGGCCUCUGAUGCUUUAUUAAAUCAGGACAAAUCAGAUGCAACACAAGGUGCUUCACAAAUGGUUGGAGAAAAAGAAUCAGAUGUUUCUGCUGAUCCAGUUUUACCCCAGAAGGAGGCUCUUACUGACAGUGGCUCUGAAUCGACAUACACUUUUAUCCGUGACAUGUCGGAAGAAGAGUUUCAAGAAUCUGAAAUACCACCUGCUGCCAUCGAAGGAACAGAUGCAGCUGAAAAGGACAGCAAGCCAGUUGGUUCUAAAUAUAAUUGUGACAUGUGUUUCCGUUCAUUUCGCUAUGAGAAAAGCUACUUAAAGCAUGUUAAGGUUAGUCAUGGGCUCCAAGCUGAUACAACGUACCGCUGCAGCAUCUGUCAGCAGACCUUUGCCAACCGCUGCAACCUGAAGAUUCAUGAGCGGCACGUACACAAUGACGAGCGGCUUUUUCUUUGCGGCAUGUGUGGAAAGGCCUUCAAGCGAAAGAAGGAUGUGACUAGGCACAUGAGGCAGGUGCAUGAGGGUGGAACCGAGCGACACCACUGCCCGAUUUGUGGCAAAUCUCUGAGUUCAAGAACUGCUCUCAACCUGCACGAGAGGACACACACGGGUGACAAACCCUACAGCUGUGAUGACUGUGGAGCUCGCUUCUCCCAGAGCUCAGCACUCAAGACACAUCAGAGGAUCCACACUGGUGAGAAGCCUUUUGCCUGUGACCUGUGUGAUGCCAGGUUUACCCAGAACCACAUGCUGGCUUACCAUAAGCGAUCCCACACAGGGGAGAAGCCUUAUAUGUGUGAAAACUGUGGAAAAAGCUUUGCCUCUAAAGAAUACCUAAAACACCAUGCAAGAAUCCAUUCAGGCUUGAAGCCAUAUAAGUGUGAAAACUGUGGAAGAGCAUUUGCACAGCGGAACUCGCUUCAUCAGCAUAUGAAAAUUCACACAGGUGAAAGGCCUUACCACUGUAAAGACUGUGAUAAGCAGUUCACCCAGCUCAAUGCUCUUCAGAGGCAUCAGAGGAUCCACACCGGAGAGAAACCGUACAUGUGCAGCAUGUGCGGCCGAACAUUUACAGACAAAUCUACUGUCCGCCGACACACUUUGACCCAUGAUAAAGAUACACCUUGGAAGAAUUACCUUGUUGUGUUGGAGGGUAAUGUAGAGGAACGUGUUAAGAAGCCAAAAGGUUCAUCUCUAAGGAAGGACAAGACAGCGUUAAAUGCAGAUGAACAUCAGGCAGCAGAGGAUCAGACUCUGGCAGUGGCAGUGCCAGAGGAGCCAGUGACCAUCUCUGGAGACUGGGCAGACCCUGGCACCAUCACUGUGGUCAGUCAUGGAACGCUGACCAAACUGACAGUUAUCCAGACAGAGGUGGCACCUGGAACUGUGGCUCUGCCCUUUUCCAUUCCUAUCUCUGUUGCAAAUUGCAUCUCUGGCACAGCCUCGUUGACCGGCACAGUCACUUUCAGUGAAGCAGCCAAUGUUUCUGAUGCCAUCUUGGCUUCAGCAACCUCAGUAGCACCGGUAGCCACAGUCACAGCAGGCAAUCUCUCUCCAGUUGAAGUCACUUUGUCUACAUCUAGUGAAUGUGUAACAGCACAGACGGAGGUGGCGCAGGUUGUGGAGGCACAGCAGUCAGAUUUACAGGAGGGAACAACUGAGCACGUACAGAACACUGAAACAUAAGAGGCCAUGGAGAUCCGUACAGGAGAGUAGUUUUAAAGGCUGUUUAGUGGGUCUUUCUUAUACACUGUAUCAGUUGGGUCUUUUAUGGUUUUCUUAUAUUUUAUGUAAAGGCCCAUUUUAUAGAAAAUGAUUAAUAAUACUCAGAAGAAAGAUUCCAUUUCUACUAACAAGACAACUGAGCGGUUACUUUUGGUUGAUCAAAACAAAGCUGAAAUAAUAGUUUGAGAUUUAUGUUGUGUGGUUUAUUGGUUUUGUUCUGGUCCAUGUUUAUUGGAGAAGACAUUAACAACAGAAUUUUAAAAAAAUGUUUUGGGAAAAUAAUCAUGUAGCAGUCAAUCAUGUUGUAUAUCGAUUAGACAAAUAUAAUCAUUUGAAAUGAGUGAGGUUCUGUAAUCUUUGUCUGGUGGUUUCUAUAUUUCACUUGGCCACAAUGCCUCACAUAGUACAGUGUUUUAACAAACUUCUGGCAGGUCACAUUUGUGUAUAAUAUUGAUAUUUUAUUCCUGUACAUUCAUAGAGCCAUUCAGCAAGUGAAGACACCAACAGCUCUGUCAGAAAGAAUCUCGAUAAGCAUGUAGGCCACUUCUGCUGAUGGCUUGUUUGAAAAUUGUACACACAAUGAGAUACUGAACAUCAACAACACUAAUACACAGUGACAUGCGCUCCUAAAUACCUUUAGAAUGGAGAGUGCACUAGCUGAAGUGCUGCAUGAACUAUGGUUGCACAACACGACACUGACAGGCUACAGGGCUAUCAAACUUUUCGUAGUUCGAGUAUGCUAACAAACAAAAAAGCAAAAACUUUAUACUGCAAAUAGAGAUGACAGAUCAAGAAAAGUAAUAAAUACUAAAUAAUAAGGUAUAUACGCCUGAAUGAAAGCAAGAAGUAAGUGAAGGUUGUUGGUCAGAAAACUGCUCCAAUAUUUGUUACGUUUGUGUGGAUUAUUAGUAUCAUCCCAUCUAAGUCAAGUCUUGGAUCCCUGGUUUCUCUUACUAAAUGACAAUAAAGUCAGCUCAAAAAAAGAAGUCGUCGUCUUCUGUUUAUAUUCAAGAGAAUUGCAUCUACAUGUCAUGCAGCACUAGCCAGCCAAACUCCAACAGAGAUCAAGUUCUCACAUCCAUCUUUUAACCAUGAUGUUCCCUAUACUCAACUACACACCCAUAGUGUUAUGAAAACAGGAUUCCUUAGAUGCAGCCAUACAAACAGGUGAAUAUAUUAAAAAUAAUAUUUAUAACUUAGUGCGUAGGUUUGUACAUUCUCGAUAAAUGGUGCAAUUUAUUAAUUGGAGUUAAUAAAGUUAAUUGGACAUACUGUAGUCAGAAACCUGGUCUUGGCCAUUGCACAAAAAUGAAAAGAAAUGCACUGGGGAAGGGGUGGCAUGCCUCAGGUGGACUCCUCAAACUUCCCUAUUUCACUUCAAGUCUCCAUCAUCACCCUGGAUGGUUUUCUUGAUGCGCAGAAGCAUGGUGGUCAACCACUGGUCCAGACGUGAGAUAGAAUCAAACUCUUUAACCUAGUAAAGGGAUGAGAAACAUACUCGUGAUCUACAUACACACAAGUUUUAUUAGCUAACAAGGUCACUAUAAAUCAGAAAUGUAUUCGCUAGCAAGAAAAUGCCCUAGUGUGCUACCCAUCUAUAUGUGUAGCUGACUGGAAACCUACUAACAUGGUUUAUUAGUUAUGUGCAUUAAUAUAUACAGUAUGGUGGAUCAAAUGUGCAUGUGAUUGUUUUCAUCUUCCGACCAAAUUUCAAAUGUUUUGUUCUGUCCUCAUAUCAGAUGUUAAGAAAUUAUUGGAGCCGAGCAAGGAUUUUUCACCAUGUGGUUGUGUGUAGCAGACAAAAGUCUUUCAUCAGUUUUCCUGAUUCUAUAAAGACUCCAGCAUGAAACACUAGGAUUAAGCAUUCUACAAAACAGUCUACAAACCAAAUGUGAAUUUGUCUGUAUGAAUCAAUAAGGAUAAGGUGUUAUUUAUUUCUAACUCUAAUUGUCUGCUGGAGAACCAUGAAUAAAAAUCUAAAAGGAUGGAAAUGAAA